GGGAAGACUAAAAUUCCAGCGCCAUUUUUUUAAAAAUACCCAAAUUUUGGUGCAAAAAUGGUGAAAGUAACACUUUUAGUAAAUAAAGAGCUGGAGUUAUUAUGUCUACCUUCAAUCGGAAGUACUCCUUCACAAUCUGGGACAUAUAAAUCUACAAAAUUUGUUCUUACAUGUGCGUGAAAUGGCGGUGAUCAAUGUAAACAAACAUAUUAUCGCCCAUUCAAUUUACUUUUUAUACACAAAAAUAAGUGAUAACCCAAAUCACCUGAAUUAAAAAUCAUUAAUGUCAGCUAUGUAAUAGAUUGCUUACCCUGAAAUGGCAACAUUAUCAGAGAAAAUUCGACAACGGCGUAGGGACUUGAAAGAAAGUUUAGUUAACCAUGAUCAAAGUGAUAAUGAACGCACACCGAGAAGCAGCCGCUCAAAGAAUGAUACAUGGGCAGCUGCAAUGGAAGAAGAUGCGAUGGAAAUGACAACAAUGACUGGCCAAGAGCAGAAUGCUGAGAUGCUUGAUGAGGUCCGAGAAGCGGAGACCUUGAUGCAGAACUUAACUAUGCGGAGAAAGGACAAACAAAAACAGUUGACAAAGGAGCUGGCCUCAGAUGGUGGGAACUUCAAGGGACAAAUGCGCGAUGCGAAGAAAAGAAGUAGACAGAAAAUUCUAGAAGCUCAGAAGUUGUCAGGUGGUGAAGACGAAGAUGAGGAUGAUGUCGAUCACGAAGAUGAGGAAGACAAUGAUGAUGAUGGAGUCAUUGAGGUUAUAGAGGAUGAAGAAACAGCUGUUGUAGCUGUCAAUGGUGACAUUGAAGAUGGUGAAACUCCACGAAAAGCUGUUAAACCAAGCAAGUCCGAUAAGCCUCCUACACCAAGAGAGAGGAAGCAAGAAAGUAGAGGGUCUACUGAGAGCCCUGUUCCAAAAGGAGGAAAAGAUCUCAAGCUUACAUUGCGUGAAAAGCUCAAACUAAAGAUGGCAUCUGCCAAGGAAGAAGCUGAAGAGGCAGAGAAAGACAAAGUUCAGACUGGCAGAGGUCGGCUACGUGAUAGACUUGAUGCCCCCAUACAUACACGCUUUGAUGAUCCCACAGAGUUAACCAAGGAUGAGGUUGAAGCAGAGAAGAUGCUGGAAAAGUCUAUGAAUAACAGGGUUAAGUGGAAGAAGGCUGCUGACAAAGUCACCUCCAAGGUGAAAGAUUCCACAUUGGUUGUCAAGAGCAUAUUCCCCACAAAAGAUGAAAGCUACAACUUCUUUACCUCUAACUGGGAUGCUGAUGAUGGGGAGGAUGAUGAGAAACCAGAACAGCCCAAGAAGGAAGUAAAGAAGGAGGAAGAGCCACAGCCAGGCACAAGUGGGGAGAAUGCUGAGGAGGGUGAGCCACUAGUUGACAAAGAUAAGGAUGUCGAGAAGGUGGAAGAGAGGACAGAAGAUACUGAAGAGUCUGCUCCAUUGAUCAGCGACUUUGAUGAUCCCAGUGGGGAGUGGAGGAAGAUUGUGAUUGGUCGAGCAGAUUACACCGCCAAUCAUAAACGUCUAGAAGAGGAGGGGAAGAAAUAUUUUAUUCCAUCAAUGAUAUCAAUUCCCACAGAGAAGAAGAUAUUUGAUGAGGAAGCCCCCAGGUUCCUAGAAGAUGAGGGUUUCUAUGUGGGGGUGAGGCCAAGUGUCGCUCAGCGUAAUGUCAAUCGAGUGGAAGACAGACUCCUGCACCAGGACAAUAAGGGUGAAAACUGGUUUGGGGAGGAUGGUCGAGUGAUUGCACUGCCAAAUCCUAUCAAAGCUAUUCAGUCAAGACCACUCAUUCCCGAAGAAAUUGAACCAGCCUUUGAAACAGAAUAUAGAAAAGCAAUUACAAAGGAGUUUGACAGCAGAUUCAUAGAUGGCAGAUCACAAAGCCAGGGGAAAUACCAGUUGGAUGUUGACAUAAAUGCCCUGACAUUCUCACACCAUCAUCUAUUUAGCCGCGAACAUAUCCUUGCCACACGUCUUGCCGACCUCAACCAGAGAUAUCUGACCAGGAAUCAGCAAAACUUGGCAGAGUUUUUCUCUGGGAAGCUCACAGCUUUAAAGAUUUCUACACAACAUCUUGAGGAGCACAUAAAGACAAUGAAGACCAAAGAUAAACCAGUCACUGGCUUGCAAGAACAAGAGGCUAGACUCAGAGACUAUAGGACUGAAAUAAGGGAAAUGAGGCAGAGGAGAGACAAUGAACAACAAGCAGACAGAAAUUUGAUAAAAAAUAUCAUCACAACAUGGAAAGAGUUGAAAACUUUACGCCAGUCACAAGGGUGCACAAAUACAAGUAUCAAGUUACAAAUACGCAAGGAAGAUGUUGGAAAGCAGGGAGAUGAAGAAAAAUGGAAGCAGGAGAUCGAAGAGGAGGUUGAAGAAGUCAGGGAAGAGAUGCAACUAGUCUAUGAUGAAGCUAUGCAGAGAUACCAAAAACUUCUUGAUGCCUGGAAAACCCAGCGGAAAGAAAAGAAAGCAGCUCUUCGAAGAAGAAAGUUACUGAAUAAGAGAGGUGACGAGGAAAAUGAGGAUGCAGAAGAAAAUGCGGAAAACGAGCAACAGAGACAAGCAGAUGAAAAGCUGCUUGAUGAGGAAGACUUGCCAAAGCCAGAGGCUCCAGCAAAGUUUGAUGCUGAGUCCUGUAGAGCCAAGGUGAAGGAGAAGGCUCUUCAGAUACGUAGGAGGCCAGGUGAGCACAAGCUGCAUCCUGAAUUGUCAUAUGGUGCUACAAUCACUCCCAAGACUCAAUGUCCAAGGGGAGAACAAGCUAGGAGAGAUGAGGUUGAUAGAAGUAAGGUGUUCGUCAAGGUGCUAUUCAAUAACAAAGAAGUCUCAAGGACAACUGUAAAACCUCUAGGCCAAGAAUUUAAAGUGAACUUUGCUCAGAUCUUCAACAUUCUGAUUGUGCAAUGGCCAGAGUCUAUCAAGAUACAGAUAUUUGAGAGCCGAGGUAUAACUUCACAUAUGAUAGCUGAGUUGUUUGUGCCAAUACCUGAAGGGACUGUUACAACAGAAACAGCUCAGCUUGAAGAGAUAGAGUUCAGUACUGACCAAAGAGUUCAACAUAGCCACGAGGGUGUUGGUAGUGGUGUGUACCUGAGCCUUGAGGCAGAUGGCAGCAACAUCCAGAGCUACAACACUACAGGGGAACUUGCCACUAGUGUAGCUUGGGCAGUAGAUGAUACAGGGAACCCCAUGGUGCCACCCAGUAACAUACAAGUCAACAAUAUAUACAAUGUAGCUUGGGCAGUAGAUGAUACAGGGAACCCCAUGGUGCCACCUAGUAACAUACAAGUCAACAAUAUAUACAAUGCUAUGAAACAAAUGGAUGCUGUAGCAGCAAUUGGAGCUACUGGUAUGACAGACUUAGACAAACUAUCUGAUUGGAUUCAGAAGUCACGUCUUGACCCAAAUGAUCCAUCUAAUGCUGAUCUCAUGUACUUGCUGAAGGGUUCAAAUGAAGACGCCACUGCAAGGAGGGUGCCAAAUCACUUCAGAAUAGAACAUCUCCAAGAAGAGUUCAACUUCUGCUCAGAUGAAGACAUCAAUCAGUCAUUACGCUACAAACUGCUUGAAUACAGGGAGAUGGAGAUUGCAGAGUUCAGGAAUUACAAGAUGAUACCUUGUGUAGAAGCAGAGGUUCCACCAGAGAUAUUCAAUGAGUACGAGAAGAAGAAAAAAGAAGAGGAGAAAAUCAAGCAGGGAGAUGCUCUGGAGGAGCACAGGGACUCCGUGAUGAGGUUUAUGCAGAGGGUACGGGAGAAUGUCAUCCAGAGGUUCAGGGCAGCCUCACAUCAGAAAACUCUCGCUGAUAUGGUCAUUGAGGAGGCAGUCCCAAAUGUAGGAACUAUUAUUCCAAGUCUUGUGAAGAUUACUGAACCAAGGAGACCCCUUAGACCCACCAGAAAAGAACGUAAGAAGGUCACUGCUCAGAAUUUACAGUCUACAGAUGUCAAAAUUCUCAUCAAUAUUGUGAGGGCAUUUGAUAUACCAGUUCGAUCUGAGGCAGUAAGCAGUGGCAACCAGUCCGCCAGGGGAACCCAAUCUCAAGAUAAGUCAAAGUUGAGGAACAUAGCGGGUCAGACCCUGGUAAGGCCAGUCAUUGAGGUGGUCUUCCAACGCAACAAGGAACAAACAACUGUAGGAGAUGGACCCAACCCUAGCUGGAAUGAGGAACUGGAAAUGCCAUUUAAGGCCCCAAACAAUGACUACAGUUCUACCAAUCUACAGACUGUAAAUGAUGUUGUCUUCUUAAAUCUUUUUGAUGAAGUCCUCAUUGACGUCCUGGAGGAUGAGCGGCAAAGAGGGACAAAUAUUCAAAAGAGAAUCGAGAGAAAAUGGUUGGGUGGAUUGAAAUUGCCUUUCUCAACAAUCUACUUCAAUACUAGAAUUGACGGAACCUUUAAACUGAACAAACCACCCGUGUUGCUGGGUUACACGCAUGAUACUCGUAGUACCCAUAUAGACACUGGAGGGGGUCAGGGACUGGAUAUGGGCAUGGGGGAUCCAGAUAAUACUUACAUCACACUCUUUAUAACCAUAGAGCCUCAACUUACCCCUGCUGAACCAGCCAAAGAAAAGUUUGAUACAAAUGAGGACGAAAAACUCAUAGAAUAUGCAGAAUCCUGGCAGACUGCCCUGGAGAAAAAGUUUGAAAAGCGAGUAUUUACGACGUCAGUUAUCGAUGUUAAUGGGAAGACAGUGUUUGUGACGAGAUACUUCAAGUCCUUAAAACCACCCGAUGAAAUUCUCAAUGAUAAUGCUGCACCUCUGGCACAAGCUGAGAGUUGUGCUAGAUUUGUCUCAAUGAUUCCUUUCAUAUCUGACAGUGUCGUCUUCCCAGGUCUCUGCGACAUUUGGAGUACAUGCGACCAAUUCCUGUCAAUGUUGGCAGGAGAUGAAGAAGAGCAUGCCAUGCUACUGACCAACUAUUUCUUACAUUUGGGCAAACAGGCUUGGAUGUUACUUGGUUCUGCUAUACCAGAAGGGGAGACAUCAUAUGUUUUGAGCAAGGAGAAUGAUGAGUACUGGAUCUGGAAUGCCUCAACAGGAGAACGCUACAAUGCAAGAGAUAACUAUUGCCCAGUGCAGAGUGUCGGAUGCCUCAUGAAUCAAGACAAUGUGUGGGCAAACAUCCAGGUGAAUGAUCAGCCAAGUCGGAUGAACUUUAACCUGAAAGAUGACACAAGUUGGAAGCCUUUCUUCGACAAAAGUUUCCCCAAUCCUGGUCUCAGUUCAGUACAGCCUGAAGCUCUGAUCUAUGUGCCUACAAGGUCCCAGAAUGUGAUGGACAUACAGUCAAAGAUAGAGCAGACCCUUAAAGCAAAGAUUAUGGAGUGGCGCCCCAGGAAUAUAACACGUUGGAACAGAUUCUGUAUGCAGGCCUUCAGAACUCUUCUACCAAGGCUGGAGGCUACAAGAGGCAAAGGAAUGCAGGAUGAGACAAUACAAGAGCUUGCCUCCAUACUCAGCAACUAUAAACUAUCUGGCUUCCCCAUUAACCUCCCUUUUACAGACCUGGAACCCAUUAUAGAGACUGUCUACUCUACAGGUGUGUGGUUUAAUGAAUCGUCAGAUGUGGAGUUUGCAUUAGCUGUGCAUGUACACGCGUAUCCCAACUCAGUGCUCUCUGUAUGGGUCUAUGUGGCAUCCCUUAUAAGGAAAAGAUGA